CAGUAAGAGCAGAGAGUUAACAGUAGUGUGAAAGACUGGAAUCUUGCCUUGUAUACAAACAAUGGCAGACGAGAAACUUGGGAGUACUGAAUUAUACUGGGAAGAUGCAGUGGUUAUAGCUCUUUAUUUUAUAAUGGUGCUUGCUGUCGGAGUGUGGUCCUCAUGGCGGAGCAAAAGAAACAGCAUUAGCGGAUACUUCCUAGCCAGCCGCAGCAUGCACUGGAUACCAGUUGGAGCAUCUCUAUUUGCAAGCAACAUUGGUAGUGGCCAUUUUAUAGGUCUCACUGGAUCCGGAGCCAGUUCCGGAAUUGGAAUUGCAGGUUUCGAACUCAAUGCUAUGUUUGCAGUUUUGAUACUUGGCUGGUUUUUUGUUCCUGUAUAUAUGGCAUCUGGGGUUUACACCAUGCCAGAAUACCUUAGAAAACGGUUUGGUGGUCAAAGAAUUCGGAUCUACCUAUCGGUUCUGGCCUUAUUGUUAUACAUCUUCACAAAAAUCUCAGCUGAUCUGUAUGCUGGAGCAAUAUUCAUUAACCAAUCUAUUAAAUUGAAUUUAUAUGCUUCUGUAUUGACUCUUCUUGCAGUUGCUGCAUUGUUUACAAUAGCAGGUGGUCUCAGUGCUGUUAUAUGGACAGAUUUUGUGCAAACAAUUUUAAUGCUUUUAGGGGCCAUGGUGUUAGCGGUUAAAAGUAUCUCCAAGGUGGGCGGAUACUCCAAACUGGUGAAGGAUUUCGGCGACAUCCCCAUUAACGACAGCUUCAUCGGCUACAACGAUAGGAAUGAGUCUUGCAGCGCCGUCCCAGAGAAUUAUAUGAGCCUCCUGCGCUCUCCGUCUGAUACGGAGCUGCCAAUAACAGGAAUGACUUUCGGAUUAACCAUCAGCGCCAUCUGGUACUGGUGCUCGGACCAGGUUAUUGUUCAAAGAGUUCUGUCUGCUAAAGACCUCUCGCAUGCCAAGGGAGGAUGUGUACUGGCGGGAUAUCUUAAAAUUCUUCCACUUUUCUUGCUCGUUCUACCUGGGAUGGCGUCUAGAAUACUAUUUCCUAAUGAAGUCGCCUGCUCCAAUCCCGAUGCAUGUGAGGCGAUUUGUGGAAGCAGACUGGGUUGCACGAACAUUGCCUAUCCCAAGCUUGUCUUAACACUCAUGCCAGCAGGUGCUCGUGGCCUGAUGAUCUCUGUAAUGUUGGCUGCCUUGAUGAGUUCACUGACGUCCAUUUUCAACAGCAGCUCCACUAUUUUCACCAUGGACAUCUGGAGGAGAAUUAGGAAAGAGGCGACAGAAACGGAGCUUCUGAUAGUGGGAAAGAUAUUUGUGCUCCUGCUUGUGGGUAUUAGCAUCGUAUGGAUUCCAAUUAUUCAAGAGUCCCAGAACAGUCAGUUAUUCCAUUACAUACAGAGUGUUACUUCAUUUCUUGCCCCACCAGUAUGCGCAGUCUACAUCUUAGCGAUCGCUUUUAAACGAGUCAAUGAACAGGGUGCUUUCUGGGGCCUCAUGGUCGGCCUUCUCGUCGGCAUGAUUCGAUUCAUUUGGGAGUUUUCUUACAAAGUUCCGAGCUGCGCUUCACAAUUGCCAGAUCCACGACCAGCCAUCAUAUCCAAAGUUCAUUACUUACACUUUGGAAUUAUUUUGUUCAUCAUAUCCUGUAUAGUGACCAUCGCUGUAUCGUACGCCACUCAACCUAUUGCAAAAAUGCAUCUUCACAGGCUCACAUUUUGGAAUCGCCACAGCAAGGACGUUCGUAUCGAAAUCACGAAAAAGAAGAUUCUCCCCUCUUCUGAAAACAACGUAGCAGAAAUGGGGCAAGUGAAUGCCGCUUUUCGAGAAGGAGAUCAUCAGAAAGACAGCUCUGCGGACGUAGAAAACGGAGAUCAUAAGUACGGUCUUACCGAAAAAGAAACACAUCUAGGACCCCCGAUUUAUGUAUUAGACGUAGUGAAUAAAUUUAAGGAAGAUACAGAAUUUCCUGAAAAAUCUUUGAGCGAAGGUAUGGCUCAGGAACCUAACUGGAAAAAAGCUCUCUACUUCCUCUGCGGUGUUUCAAGUGAUUCAAGGGACACAGAAAGUCAGCAAGAAUUCACUGCGGAAGAAGAAGCCAAUUUAGCAGCCGAAAGUAUCGAAGAGAAACCCAUUUGGCGAAGGAUAUGUAACGCCAACGCCUUACUCCUUUUAGCUGUCUGUUCUUUUAUGUGGGGUUAUUAUGCAUAAGAGCUCUUUUCGCUCACACUUGAGUCAUACAAUUUUUUAUUCUUUUGAUAAGAAGUUUUGAUUUUUAUCCAUACGGUGAAUUUAUUUAUCAUAGCUAUUUAAAAAAUAUUAAAUUGUAUGUAGACACAUUCCAAGAUAAGAUCGUUAGAUAGCACUCUUUGUAACAUCUGCAUUUGGGUUUGAGAUAGAACUGUCAAUUAAGUUUAAAUUGUUUUUAACAGACUUCAGAUAAAGAUUUCGUCCACAGCAUUGCUUGCCUUAAAAGAUCUUUAAAUCCACAGAAAAUCAGAGCACGUUUUUUUUUUUUUUUUUAAUGCAGUUUAAAUUAUAACCAAAACUUUUAAAACAAUGAGCACUUCUACAACUAAGUGGUGGGUCCUUUGAGCAAAAGGAAAUCUGCUUUAUGAUAAUAUUUAUUAACUUUAAAGUAUAACUCAUUUUUAAUAAUUUAAUUUAAAUUUACUAAAUGUUGGUAAUUCAAAAGUGCGUUCUUUUUUUUCAUGGUAUCUGUCUUUUUUAAUUCGAGCUGAAAAUUCUGGUUAUUUGCAAAACCGAGUACUGAAAAUUGAUUACCAUCCAAUUGCGCAGAUUUUUAUCUCCACGGUCAGUUUCAAUAAUCAACUAUCAGAGAUUUUUAAGAUGAAGUACUGCAGCCACAGCAAUCUGAACCUAUUUAUUGAAUAUCCACUAAAUGAGAAAGCCCUUAUUAGAGAUACUUAUUUUUCUGAAACUGAUAAUUAACUGCUGACGUACUGUUCAUGUAAGUGUGAAGACUAUUUAUCGGUGGAUAAAAUAGAUAUACCAUAAACUAAAUAGCGAUGAAAUAUUAAACAACAAUCGAAUGAUCAAAUUCCACUAAUGCAAUACGGCAGUAAAAUAAUAUUUUAAGAUCUUGAAAAUUUAAAGAGUUUGCUUACAUAUGAUCCUUUCAUGCGAAACUUUAUAUAUUUCUAAUUUGUAAAUUAAUCAAUUUUCUUCAAAAAAUUCACUUUAAUUUAAAGAAAUAAUUUCUUUACUAAUUACAUUUUUUUCGUUAAGGAAUUUAUUUUUAUUGAUAUAGGCACAUACGGUACAGUACAUAUUUUAUAGCCAUUAUUUAUCCAUGUACAUAGUAUGUAAAUGUAUUAAAUUUAUUUCAUUCCCAUCAUUUCUACUUGUUAAUCACAAAUGCAUGUAUCAUUUUCAUCAUUUUAUUAUUCAUAUAAGCAACAUUUCAUUUUUAUUCACAAAAAGGUUCUCAUCGACCGCAU